CCGUUGACAUGGGAGACAAGGAAAUGGAGGGCGAGAGUGAACAAGUGGAGGAAAAAGAAGAAAAGGGCGAUGAAUCUGGCGAAGAAGGAGACGACGAUGCUCAGAGCGAAGUUGGUAGUGUUGACGAUCUUGGCCCUAGCGCUGUCGAUGAGAAGAUGUGGGAUGAUGGUAGUAAAGAAGAGGACGCCAAAGACAAGGAGGGCAAGGACGAUGUGGGUAAAGAGGACCAGAACGAGCAGGUUGCUUCUGAUCAAAAAGA